AUGUUGGACUGUGGUUUCGAUGAUUACCAACUUCCUAUGGUUCCUAGGGCUUAUAGAACACCCAGAGGUCGCAGGCACAAAAUGAUGAAAAGCCAUAGAUCCGAGUUCAAGUUUUUAGCCCAAGUGGCCGGAAAAUUCUCAGGUGAUUGCAAGCCCCAUGAGACAAAGGAGACAAAUGACGAUUUCCUCGUCAAUAACUUCUUGGAAACAAUGGAAGUUAAGGACAAGCCUCAGCCUUGUCUGGAUAAACCUUCUCAAGUGGUAUUGUCUAAGGACUGGUUAGCUCUUGGCCCUUCCAUUUCUAGCUCUCAAAUCACACAAGAAGAAAACUCCAAUAUCGACGGGAAAAGAAAGACGUAUUCCACGAAAGAGCGAGGUCGUAGUAGCCAAGAAUCUCAGAAUAUGUAUCCCUUGAAGAAAAGAAAGUUUUUUUACCAAAAUCACCGACCUGAAUCACGUGAUGCUCCGUGUACCGUCAAAUUUGGUAUCAAGUCGUUGAAAAUCUCGGAGCUAUUGGUGGACAUUCCCGAAUCAGCCACGGUCGGAUCACUCAAAUUAGCGGUGUUGGAGGUGGUAACACAGAUUCUUAAAGAUGGACUAAACAUUGGAGUGCUUCUUCGAGGUAAAACCAUCGUUGAUGACUCCAAAACGCUUCUUCAGAUUGAUGAUGAUGACAACAACCACAACCUCAGCUCUUUGGGGUUUAUGCUAGAACCGCGGAAAUCAGAAACAACAACAACGUUAGCCGCAGUUUCCCCCAAAAAGCGAAUUAGGUACACAGUUAAAAACUAUGAGGCUCCUGGGUCCAUAGAGAGCACUGAAACGGUGGCAGCUAAAUCAGUGGUUCCGGCAUGCCUAAAACCGGCCUCGCAGCCAGAAAUUGUUCAACGGAGAAUCAGACGGCCAUUCACUGUCUCAGAAGUAGAAGCAUUGGUUCAGGCCGUAGAAAUGCUCGGCACCGGAAGGUGGCGCGACGUUAAGUCUCAUGCAUUUGACCAUGCAAGUCAUCGAACUUACGUUGACCUCAAGGAUAAAUGGAAAACGUUGGUUCACACGGCAAAGAUAUCAGCAAGGCAAAGGAGAGGCGAACCUGUGCCUCAAGAGCUCCUUGAUAGGGUUUUAGCCGCUCACGCUUUCUGGACCGGAUGAAUAGAGAAACAUAUUAAACGCUCCUUUUUGGGUAGGAAAUAGUUUUGAU